AUCUGAGCCUGUUCCUCCGUCGCCGGGGUGUGGCCACCAGCAUUUUCCAGCCGUUGUUGGUUUUUCCACGUUGAAAGGAAAGCGCACCCAGCCCGGCAGGAAAAGCCGGGUGCAUCCCGGCCGUGACUGCAGCCGGGGUCCUGCCGCCUCGCCGUGCCCAGGAGGGUUAAGCCAAAGCAUGUAAAUCCUCCGAGCCUCCGCCACCCUCAGCGAGAGCCUUGGCAGGGAAAGCAGCAGCAGUUGCACCACGGUGGGACAGGGAGGGGACUCAAGCAGGACGCAGGCAGUGGAGAGAUGGUGUCAGGUGCUUCUCAGGAGCGUUUGAGGCAUCGACCCUCAUUUGGUCAUUAAAUAAAUACACGAAGGAGCCUCCAAGAGCUAAAUCGAGGACAGAACAUCAGAGGGAGGGUGUCUGGUUGCCUGCUGCUCACCCUGUCCAGCACUUCACCAGGGGACACAACUCUUGGUGCUGUAUGUGAGUAAAAUCUUUCCUGGGAGAAGAUAUCCUGCUGAAAGAAAGAAGAAAAAAAACAAACAAACAACAAAAAAAAGGGAAUAGAAUAGAGCACAUCGUCAGGAAAUUCCCAAGUUUGUGCUGGUGCUCAGCUCCCUCCCGUCCCCACGUGCGGCCCCUCCCCAGGGUCCAGCUUGUAGAUUCAUCUUCCUUGAGAGAUUAGCGACUAAUCUCUCCUUCAUCUGCCGUCUUUCUUAUCAACAGAGGUUUCGGGGCUCAGCUGGUAAAUUACUGAGUCCUCCUGGCAUGGCGGGGGGGCGUUCAGCCCCAGUGAGUGUCGGGAGGAGAUCUGCACAAGGGGGACUUGAAAGGAGCACUGGCUGUGUUCAGCGUGGGCCACAGACCAGGCAAGAGAGGGGGGACGUCUUCCAGCCCCUGUGGACAGUCCCAGCCCCAGGAGCAAACAGGAAGCAUCAUCCUGAGGGUGAGAGCUGGGAAAUCCACUGGGAAACCCCUCCUGCUCCUUCGCCCGGGUGCUCACUCCUUCCAAUUUAAUCGUGUCGAGGUAAUUGUGCCUGUCAUUGAGUCAGAUUAACGGGUGACCUUCUGCUGCUGGAGCAGGAUUGGCGGCGGGUGCCGAGCUCCCCCUCGGAACUUCCCUCCCACCAGCACAGCCGGGUGCAGGAUUCCCAUCCACAACUGGUGGGAAGAUGUCUCGCAGCAGCUGGGACAGAGCAGGACCAGGGAACCGAGGACAACAUCUGCUGGUCCCGCCACUGCUCCACCUGGACAUGAGGAGGACCCUGCGCCCAGCCCGGGGCUGAACCCCUGCCUGGCACGGCCAUGGUGCUGCCCUGUGCCCACAACAGCGUCGGUGGGGGCUGGCUGGUGCCCGAGGAGCCCCGCGGCCGCAGCAACUCCAUCCCCCCAGCACAGACCCCCACUGCCAAGCACAUGCUGGCUUACCUGCCCCGGCCGCCCUCCAGCACCAGCCGGUACGGCACCUUCCCCCAGAAGCCCGAAGUCCUGGCCACCCCCGAGGCUCUGGUGGAGAACUGCAAGCAGGAAGCCGCUGCCGCCACCACCAAGAAAAGCUGCUUGAUGCCAAACUACCCGUCCCUGCCCUGCCACGGCGGCAGCGGCAUGCUACCGGGCCCAUCAUCCCUGCCGCCGAGCCGCGGCAGCGUGGCCGUCCCGCACCGCCCCAGCGAGCCGGCCCAGUGCGCGCCGCCGGCCGCGGGAGGCCGCUGGUACCCACUGCACGCCCUGAGCGUGCCCAGCAUCCCCACCUCGGUGCACAGGAGGGUGUCCUCCCGCGCCGCCUCCGCCGUCCCCACCACCGAGGGGCUGCAGAGCCGGGGCCGAAAGCUGCUGGAGGAGGACAGCCCCAUGGUCCAAACCAGCAAGAGGCAGCGGCAGCGCUAUGUCACCAAGAUGGGCAAGUGCCAGGUGAACCUGGGCAACAUCCAGGAGAAGAAGCGGUUCCUCUCAGACAUCUUCACCACCAUCGUAGACCUCAAGUACCGCUGGUUCCUCUUCGUCUUCAUGAUGUGCUACAUCAUCACCUGGGUGGUCUUUGCCACCAUCUACUUUUUUGAUGCCUGGGUGCGGGAUGACAUCAGGCACCAGGGUGAUCCCAAGUGGCAGCCAUGCAUUGAGAACGUGGAUGGCUUCAUCUCCGCCUUGCUCUUCUCCGUGGAAAGCCAGCGGACCAUCGGCUACGGCUUCCGGAUGGUGACAGCCAACUGCGCUGAGGGUGUCAUCCUGCUGAUGGCACAGUCCAUCAUUGGCUCCAUGAUUGAUGCCCUGAUGGUGGGCUGCAUGUUUGUCAAGAUCUCCCGGCCCAAGAAGCGUGCCCAGACCCUCAUGUUCAGCAAGAACUGCGUCAUCUCCUGCCGGGAUGAGAAGCUCUGCCUGAUGUUCCGUGUGGGGGACCUGCGGGACAGCCACAUGGUGGAUGCCAAGAUCCGGGCCAAGCUGAUCAAAUCCCGGCAGACUUCUGAGGGGGAGUUCAUCCCCCUGGAACAGUCAGAGCUGAACUUGGGCUAUGAUACAGGGGAGGACCGCCUAUUCCUGGUGGAGCCCCAGAUCAUCUGCCAUGUCAUCAACCACCACAGCCCCUUCUGGGACUUGUCAGCCGAGUCACUGCGCCGGGAGCAGUUUGAAAUCAUCAUCAUCCUCGAGGGCAUUGUGGAAGCCACAGGAAUGACGUGCCAAGCCCGCACCUCGUACACAGAGGAUGAGAUCCUGUGGGGAUACCGCUUCGAGCCUUGCAUGUCGCUGGAGAAAGGCGCCUUCCGGGUGGACUACAGCCGCUUCGACAUGACUUUUGAGGUGCAGACACCAGCGACCAGCGCCAAGGAACUGCACGAGCUGAAGGAGCUGGAGCACUCCACGCUCAGCCUCUACUGGGACCACCUCCUGCAGCCCUGUGCCCUGCCGGGGACCAGACCUGGCGAGGACACUCUCAUCAAGCUCAGCGUCCCGGCCAGCCGGGACGAGGUGCGGGAGACCCCCUCCUGAGCUACUGCCGGGGGAAGGGCUGCGGAACGGGGCGCCCGGCUGUGCGCCCCCCCAUGCACGGUGGCUGCCCGGCGGGGGGGUCCCGCGCCGACAGUGCCAUAGCCCACCCUCCUGCGGCGGGGCUGAGCGCCCCCCCACCCCGCCCUCC